CCAUAGCAGUCUCUCUCUCUCUCUCUCUCCCCUUCCUCCCUUCGCAGCAGGAUAACCGUCAGGGUCAAUGUUCCCCAUCCUUGAGGACCACCUUUUCUUCCUUUCCUCCUCAGAUCAAAACGAUUAAACGAAACCUCUUUAACUCUUACUGAAAAAUGAAAAUUACUUUCCAACCAAUUGAUGAUCCCAAAACAAAAUCCCGACAAUACCCAUCAAUUCAAUGUAUUAGUUGUUGAGAGCCCUUCAAAACUGUUCUUCCUUCCACCCUUUUAACAGUUUGAUCUAACUGUGACCAAGUCUACACGCCAUGUUUCACCCACAACCAAUUUGAGCUCACCAAAUCCUCCACUCUAAUCCCUAACUAAUGUCAAUAAGUAAAUACCCAUUUGCUUUUCAACUAAAAUGAUCCCUUUUCCAUUUACGUGUUUGAUCUUUAGCCUCAGAGAAAGGACGACAAGACUUAGCAUGUUCCUGCAACUUGUCUAGUGGUUUUUGGGUUCUUUUUUUUUUUUUUAAUGAUUUCAGGUAGAUUUAUAAAGAACUUGUGCUGUGGUUAGGAAGUUGAUUUGUCUUUUUGGAAUUUGACUGCCAAAUGGUGAUAUACGGUCCAUACGGAUUUGGCAAUGUAGAAGGGUAGCAAUCGUGGUUUCAGGUGAAGAACAGGGGCAUUUGUUUAUUCAGGAUUUUGAGGUUUUGGUUAUAAACAACCCCCCCCCCUUCCCCCCCUUAACCCUUCUUCUCUCACCCAAAAACUCAGAACUCUUCAAGACCCUUACGUGGAGAUAAACAUCGACACCUAAGAAUCCUCUUUGAAGUAAAGGAGACGAUAUUGUCUCUUUACCUUGUUCAUUUUGGAAGUGCAAUUGAUGUGGAAUUUCUAUGGAGAAAGAAAAGAGUUGCUGGAUUCAGUAUUAGUAUCUCAUGGUUGGAAAUGAUUCAUCCGGUUAUUUGUCAAGGAGAUUCUAUGACUAUCUAUCCUGCAUCCAUUAAUUUAGAAAGACAUUAAUAAGCCACUACCUUCUAAUUCUACCUAUGAUGAGUUCUCACCUAAGGUCAGACAAUGACUCUGCCAGCAACAACUAUCAAAUUUACAAUGGGCUUCCAGUGGCUGGGCUAAGUCAAUGGAGAGAUUAUUCUUCAAAUCGAGCUUCUCUUCAACAUGGAAGUUCAGUCAGGUCAGAGAUGUACUAUCAACCGAUGCAAGAGGUUGAGACCUGUUGCUUGCCUCAGAAUUAUCCUAGUUCAGACCACCGCCUAUACUCUGAUAGUGGCACCCGAGGGAAUCACUUUCCUAUUGAGACUUCUCAUGAACAGUAUUGCACCCUGGAACCAUCCUCAGCAACUGGGAGUUAUAAUGUUUACAACUCCCCAUCUACUCUCAGUUUCUCACCUAAUGGAAGUCCUGUAUCACAGCAAGAAUCACAUUCAUAUCCAUCAGGCCCACAUCAUUCCCCCGACAACAACUAUGGGUCUCCAAUAAGUGGGUCCUGCAUAACAGAAGAUGUCAAUGACCUGAGACACAAGCUGAGAGAACUGGAAACUGCAAUGCUGGGGCCUGAUUCAGAUAUCGUGGACAGCUUUGAUAGCAACUUCGAUGGUGGAGCCCAAGAAGCACCUUCAGGGAAAUGGAAACAAAUGCUGGAGAUGACCCCCCGAGGGGACUUGAAAGAGGUGCUCAUUGCCUGCGCAAAAGCUCUUUCAGAUAAUGAUUUAUUGACUGCAGAAUGGUUGAUUGCUGAGUUAAAGAAGAUGGUGUCAGUUUCAGGGGAGCCAAUCCAGAGGUUGGGAGCCUACAUGUUGGAAGGGAUCAUUGCACGGUUGUCCCAUUCAGGGAGUUCUAUUUACAAGGCCCUGAGGUGCAGAGAGCCUCUUAGUGCUGAGCUUCUCUCAUACAUGCACAUCCUGUAUGAGGUCUGCCCAUACUUCAAGUUUGGAUAUAUGUCUGCCAAUGGUGCUAUUGCAGAAGCCUUGAAGGAUGAAAACAGGAUCCACAUUAUUGAUUUCCAGCUUGCACAAGGCAGCCAGUGGAUCACCCUUAUCCAGGCUCUGGCAGCUCGUCCCAGUGGGCCCCCACACAUCCGCAUCACCGGUAUUGAUGAUUCCACAUCAGCCUAUGCCCGGGGAGGAGGACUUCAGAUGGUGGGACAGAGACUCUCAAGGCUUGCUGAGUCAUGCAAUGUUCCCUUUGAAUUCCAUGCAGCUGCUAUUUCUGGAUGUGAGGUUGAGCUUGAAACCAUUGUUGUUCGUCCUGGGGAAGCUAUAGCUGUGAAUUUUGCAUUCAUGUUACACCACAUGCCAGAUGAGAGCGUGGGCACUGAGAACCACCGAGACCGGCUCCUGAGAUUGGUUAAGAGCUUGUCACCCAAGGUGGUGACACUUGUGGAGCAAGAGUCGAACACCAAUACAGCUCCUUUCCUUCCAAGAUUCCUUGAGACUCUGAACUAUUAUACAGCUAUUUUUGAGUCAAUUGAUGUUACCCUCCCAAGGGACCACAGGGAACGUAUCAACAUUGAGCAGCACUGCCUGGCACGUGAUGUGGUGAACAUCAUAGCAUGUGAAGGUGCAGAAAGAGUGGAACGUCAUGAGGUUCUUGGGAAGUGGAGGUCAAGGUUUGCAAUGGCCGGGUUCACUCCAUACCCAUUGAGCUCAUUGGUGAAUGCCACCAUCAAGUCUUUGCUGGAAAAAUAUUGUGAGAACUAUAGACUUGAGGAAAGAGAUGGCGCUCUCUAUCUUGGCUGGAUGAACAGAGCUUUGGUUGCAUCCUGUGCAUGGAAGUGAAUAUUGGAACGGGACCUGCUCCUCCUUUACAAUAUUUUUCUCAUGUCAGGAUAUCAGGUUCUCUGGAGAAGGGCUGUUUAGGUAUGAUUUGAAUGUCCAUCAUAGUAAGUCCUCUAUUUGUUAUGAUAUUCUCCAAUCCCUGCUGUCCCAGAUGAAGCCUGCUAUUUGUAGUCCUCUCUAAUAUUUGAAGCACUUUGUGCAUGAUGACACAUUCUUAGACAUUUUGACUCAUGCACUCAACUCACCACCCCGAUGUCUUCUGCUCAUCUUUAGUUCCUAAUUCUUGCAAAUACCAGUUGGGCUGUGUACUAUCAAGUGAAUUUAAAAGGAGAAGCAAUAGCCACUUCCAAGUGAGGGGGGGUGUAGCACUGAAGCCCAA